AUUAGCUUUCUGUGAAAAGUAUAAAACGGACAAUAAACGGAAAAUCGCGACAUGAUUAACUGAUCUCGUCGCUCAAUACAAGGACCAGUUUUUAUCAGUUAUCAACACUACACCGAAUGAAUUUUUAUUGUUGCCCUAAACUUAAUUAAAAUUUUCUUCAAAUACCCAACAGGAUGCUACGAUCCAUUAAUGCUUAAAUACUUGUUAUUCCACUCCCACUUUUUGUCAACAAGUGACGCAUUUAAUUGUUAAAACAAUAAUAUCAGCCAUACCUGAUAGAUCACGUUCGAGAUUUGAAACAAAUUGUAAUGCCCAGUUUUGAAUGAUAAUCUCGCAUGUCUGGGAGCCCUCGAUAACAUUAUCAAUAGUGAAUUCGUAGUGAAAACAUGUCACUUUUGUUAUCGUUUUUAUUAAGACUUGGCUCGGUGAUAAUCUCGCUAAUUGUGGUCGUGUUGAGUGUGAUAAAAUGGAAACACCAAUAUUGGGCCAACCGAAACAUUCCGUUUUUCCCUCCAAGCGUUCCAUUCGGCAAUUUGCAAAAUCCCAGACGCAAGAAGCACUCAAUCGGCUACCAUAUUAAAAACUUCUACGACCAAGCGAAGCGAAAAGGUUGGAAACACUGCGGUUUGUAUUUUUUCGCAAGCCCUGUGUAUUUGGUUAUUGAUGUCAAUUACGUGAAGCACAUAAUGAACACCGAUUUUCACCAUUUUGUCGACCGGGGAAUGUACUCUAAUGAGAAAAUUGACCCAAUUAGUGCACAUUUGUUUGCCUUGGGUGGCACAAGAUGGAAAAAUCUCCGAAAUAAAUUAUCGCCAACUUUUACCUCAAGCAAGAUGAAAAUGAUGUUUCCUACAAUAGUUGAGUGUGUUUCUCUUUUAUUGGACGCAAUGACCGAAAAGAGCGAACAAAUCGACAUCAAAGAACUGCUAGGACGCUUCACAACUGAUAUCAUCGGUUCUUGUGCUUUUGGCCUAGAUUGUAACACCAUCAAGGAGGAAAAUUCGCCGUUUCGUCUCUACGGAAAGAAAGUGUUUUUUUCGACAAAGAUGCGGACUUUUAAGCUCACUUUUGCGUCCAGUUUUCCCACUUUGGGACGACUUUUGCGCAUCCGGCAAGUCUCAAGUGACGUUUCAGAUUUCUUCCGAAAAAUCGUAAAGGACACUAUCGAAUAUCGGGCACAAAAUCAAUUUUCCCGCCCUGAUUUUUUACAAAUGUUGAUUGAUUUGAGGAGGGAUGGUGCUGAGAUCACACUGGAUGAAAUUAUAGCUCAAUGUUUUAUCUUCUUUUUGGCUGGGUUUGAAACUUCAUCAACGACCAUGACUUUCACUUUGUACGAAUUGGCCAAAAAUCACCAAAUCCAAGAUAAACUAAGACAGGAGAUUAUGACAAUUUUGACCAAAUACCACGGGGAAAUUACCUAUGAUGCCAUUUCAGAAAUGAAGUACUUGGACCAAGUGAUUGAAGAAAGUUUAAGAAAAUACCCACCUUUGCCCUUUGUGACCCGAACCUGUGUCAUGGAUUACAAAGUACCAAAUACUGACUUAGUUAUCGAAAAAGGGCGAAGGGUUAUUUUACCAAUUCUUGCCUUACACCAUGACCCAGAAUUUUGGCCUGAGCCCCAAAACUUUGACCCUGAGAGGUUCAAUGAUCAGAAUAGAAAUCUGAGACACCAGUUCUCUUAUAUACCGUUUGGGGAAGGACCCAGAUUUUGCAUUGGGAAAAAAUUUGGGCUGACUCAAACUAAGGUUGGGCUGGUUGCUCUAAUACAAAAUUACAAGUUCUCGGUCAAUUCAAGGACACUCGACCCCCUGAAAAUGGCACCAAACACAUUUAUUUUAAGUGCAGCAGGUGGAAUUUGGCUCGAUUCUGAGAAAUUGUAGCAUACACCGGAAACAGAAAUUCCUCGGUUAUCGUAAAUGUGUGAUAAGUGUGACAUUGAGUGCGAAGUGAUGCAGCAACUUUGCAAAAGUUAGUUUUUGUAUUCGAAGAAACAAAAGUUUAUCUAAUGCGAUUUUGUGACGCUAGAUACAGAGAAAUUUUAUAAAUAAUUUAGAUUUAUUUCGAAAUAUACUUACCGGUGACAAAACUGACAAGUAUUGAAACUGAUGUGUAGUGAAAAAUGUUUGUACAGAUAAUGUAGACAAUAAAUAAAAAUAAAAACGA